AUGUCUUCGGUUUUAAGUAACUUCAUCGAGCCUGUCAUGGUAAUUCGCCAAUCUGUGGCGCCCUUAAAGCUUUCUCGAUGGCAGUUUACCAAGCUCAUUCUCGGGACAUUUGUCGGUGGCUCUUCGCAAAUCGCAAUCGCCGUCUUAGGAGCUUCAGCGCUAGUAUUCAUCACGUACCUGUAUAUGACUUUGACUAAAGGGAACGUGCGCCUUCCUAGCGAAAUUCCGGUGAUUAAGAGAAACGACCCGCAUUUUGAAGAUAUUAUCAAGGAAGCCAGACAAAAGUACCCUAAUACCCCGGUAUUGAUCAAAAACAACCGGCACGCCUUCGUCGUUUGUCCAAGACAAUGCUUUGAUGAGGUCAAACGUCUCCCGGAACACACUGCUUCGGCUAGGGGGUUCUUCCACGCGGCCAACUACGGACAAUGGAGCCUGGUUGGCCGCGAGACCAAUGCCCUCUUGAAAAGCAUCAUGGCAGACCUCACUCGGUCGCUCCCGGCUAGGGUGAUCACUCGCCAGCAGGACUGUCGAAUGGCAUUUGAUACGGUGGUCGGAUAUUGUCCGGAAUGGAAGGAGUUCAAUCUACUCAUGACAACUUUUGAGCUUAUUGCUCAGAUUAAUGCGUGCUCCUUUGUUGGCAGAGAGCUGGGCAGCAACCGCAAGUGGGUUCGCGCGGUUAUGAUGUCCCCAAUCGUCAUCUAUAUUGCGGUCACCGCGAUGAAUGCAUUACCCGUCUUGCUGAGGCCGCUCUUGGCACCACUGCUCUUUUUCCCAACACUCAAGAACCAGUGGGACAUGAAGCGCCUGCUCAUUCCGCACCUAAAGAAUGACAUGAAGGCGUUCGAGGAAGCCAAAGAUAAGAAAGAGUUGCUGAAACCUACACCCGAGGGCAAAAUUCCUUUCACUGCCAUGCUCAUGUCCAGGUACAGUGACGCCGAGGCCAAUUUAAGGCAGCUAGUACAGGAUUAUAUCCUGAUCAGCUUCGAUUCUACCCCCUCUACCGCGUCGACGCUCUACCACGUCCUCUGCGAGCUAGCCAAGCAUCCUUCAGCAGCAGAUAUACUCCGUGAAGAAUUAGCGGAAGUCAUGGUGGAUGGCAAAUUGCCCCUGACCCACCUACAGGAGCUGAAAAGAAUGGAUAGCUUCAUGCGAGAGUCUUUCCGAUUGCAUCCCAUUAGUUUAUUCAGCCUACAGCGUCAUACGGAGCAGCCGGCUAAGCUGUCUGUUGGUCCCACCAUCCCAGCCGGCGCCACCAUCUGUGUUGAUGCACAAGGUAUCAAUCGCUCACCUGAUUUGUGGCAAGACCCGGACAAAUUCGAUAUGGACCGAUUUUACAAUCUUCGCCGACUUCCCGGCAACGAGAGUCGAUAUCACUUUCUGACCACCUCCUCCGACUCGCCAGGGUGGGGAGAUGGUACCCAGGCCUGCCCCGGUCGCUUCUUUGCGACGAGCACCAUUAAGAUCGCGUUUGCUCAUAUACUCCUGAACUAUGACAUUAAGCUCAAGGAUAGCAACCGCGAGAUUACGACUACGCCAAUGGCCAAUGGAUCUUGGAAGCCAGACGACAAAGUGGAUGUUUACUUCAAGUCUAGGACUUAG